UAGCACGCAGCAGGGAGGAGGGCAGCGUGAGCUGGGUUCGUCUUCCUCCUCGCGGCGCACCAGGCAAGCCCAGCUCAGGGUCCAGCGCGGCAGGGCAGGGCCGAGGGAGGGAGCGGGCGGCACGCACCAACCUGCCCCCGGGAUAGUUUUAUGCGAUUAUCCGCGUCACCCCACCGGCCCCCGCUGCUGCUUUCCCAAUCGAGCCGAGCACCGCGAUUCCAGGCCAGCGGAAACCGAUUAAAAAAGGCAACCCCCGCUCCGUCCGCGCAAAAGUAAAAAACAACAACCGCAUCGCGCAGCGCAGCGCAGCACCGAGCGAGCGAGCGAGCGGGCGGAGAGAGGGGGGAGCGAGCAAAGGUUCGAUAAAAAGGAGAGGAGGAGACGAAGCGUCCAAGCCCAAGUAACAUCCCCACAUCCCCUUCCUCCCCUCCCUUUCCCAUCGCCCCGGCCGCAUCGAGAUCUUGGCUGGCACCGCCGGAGAUCGCGAGGAGCGGCCCCGCGGCUCCCCCGAUCCCACCUCCUCCUCCGCCGCCGCCGACCGCCGCCGCCGACCGCCGAUCGGGGUAGGAGGGUAGGGGAGGACGCGAUGGAGGCCGACUCCGGGAAGCUCUUCGUCGGCGGCAUCUCCUGGGAGACGGACGAGGACCGCCUCCGCGACUACUUUGGCCGCUUCGGCGAGGUCACCGAGGCUGUCAUCAUGCGCGACCGCAACACCGGCCGCGCUCGCGGCUUCGGCUUCAUAGUCUUUGCCGAGGCCGGCGUUGCUGAGCGAGUCACCAUGGACAAGCACAUGAUCGAUGGCCGCAUGGUCGAAGCCAAGAAAGCUGUUCCCAGGGACGACCAGAGCAUUGCAAGCAAGAACAAUGGCAGCAGCAUAGGCUCGCCUGGGCCAGUCCGUACCAGAAAGAUCUUUGUUGGGGGGCUGGCCUCCAAUGUUACUGAGGUUGAAUUCAGAAGGUAUUUUGAGCAAUUCGGCAUGAUAACAGAUGUGGUUGUCAUGUACGACCACAACACACAGAGGCCCAGGGGCUUUGGCUUCAUCACCUAUGAUUCAGAAGAUGCAGUGGAUAAGGCGCUGCACAAGAACUUCCAUGAGCUUAAUGGCAAGAUGGUUGAAGUCAAGAGAGCUGUCCCAAAGGAGCAGUCGCCUGGACCUGUCGCACGCUCACCUGCUGGAGGGCAGAACCUUGCUAUCAGCAGGGUUCACAACUUCUUGAAUGGCUUCAACCAGGGAUAUAGCCCAAACCCGAUAGGAGGUUACGGCAUGAGGGUGGAUGGAAGGUUUGGCCUGCUUUCAGGUGCACGAAAUGGGUUUUCUUCAUUUGGCCCCAGUUAUGGAAUGGGCAUGAAUGUUGAAACUGGGAUGAAUGCAAAUUUUGGUGCAAACUCUAGUUUCCUCAAUAACUCAAAUGGGCGGCAAAUGGGUUCAUACUACAAUGGUGGUUCAAACAGACUAGGCAGCCCUAUUGGGUACGUUGGUCUGAAUGAUGAUUCAGGAUCGAUAUUGAGUUCAAUGGGAAGGAAUGUUUGGGGUAAUGGAAAUGUCAACUACCAGAACAGCCCUACAAACAUGAGUUCUUUUGUACCAUCUGGAAGUGGGAGUCAAGUUGGUAUUACUGGCGAUGGUAUAAAUUGGGGAGGUCCUACUUCUGCCCAUGGGAUGGGAAGCAUUUCAAGCCUUGGGUCUAACAUUGGCCGUGGGGCUGGAGAUAACUUUGGUUUGCCGUCUGGCGGCUAUGGAAGGAGCAACCCAACUGGCACCAUUGGUGAACCUUUUUCUGCGUCAGCCAAUGCAUAUGAAAUGAACAACAUAGAUACAUAUGGCAACAACUCUAUUUAUGGUGACUCAACCUGGAGGUUCACGUCAUCUGAGAUCGAUAUUCCUCCUUUUGAUAAUGAUCUUGGAAAUAUCGAUCCAGAUAUCAAAUCGAACAUGCCAGCAAGUUACAUGGGCAACUAUACUGUUAAUAAUAAUCAGACAAGCAGAGGUCAGUACCCGCUUCAGCAUUUUGCUAUUAGCUACACAUGAAUUUCCCAUCUUUUUUUGAAAAUUAAAGGUGCUGCAUAACUCAGUUAUUCAAAAAAUAGAAUGAAUAUUUAAAUAGAGCAAUUGAUCUACCCUUCAUAGUUUAUUAGAACCAUUACAUCUGCAUGUCUAUGUUUUUGGAAAGGAAAAAUGUUGCAUAAUUGCAUGCCAUAUGCUUAAUCAGUUGAUGCUAGAGCAUAAUCAAUAGACCUUUCUUGGGGCUUACAUCAGAUUUGACUGGUAGAUCAGUGGAUUGAACUUGUAGGAAUUGUGUUGUAAUUAUAUUGUGGUAGUAUACGUAUCACAUUUAACUGACACAACAUUGGGUGCUGUCUGACUGCUUUUGCUGUAAUGAAAGCACUAUCAAGAGCAACAACUUUUGGACGCAUCAGCUUUGACUGAUAAUGAAUAGAUCAAAUAGGGAGCACUGCCUUCAUCCAUUCCAUUGACCUGGGAUAUGCUUCCAUGUAAUGCCUGACAAACAUAAUGGAUUAGGGACCAAUGAUUUGUUUUGCAAUUUUAGUUGUGUCAAGUAAAUCGAUGCAAAUGAUUGGUGUAGGAUGUAUUCACUAACCUGGUUUGUUUAGUUCCUGUAUCUACUCUAUGAUCUUUGACAUAAUUCUAGGUCAAAUUUUGUGACCAG